UCAGCAUGGCUAGGAUUACUGAAGGAGUUCCAGACAUUCUUCCCGACAACCUUCCGAACGAGCUACCGCCAUACCGAAUGCACCAACACGAGAUCGUGGAAGAACCAGGCUCGAAGCCGACCUUACUAGCACCAUAUCGACUCAGUCCUACAACGCUAAUCGACAUAAAGAAACAAAUCGAGUAUCUCCUUGAAAAUGGACUCAUCCGACCAUCCACUUCACCUUACAGUGCCCCAGUACUCUUCACACCGAAAAUCGGACGGAAGCCUGCGCAUGUGCAUCGAUUACCGAGCUCUCACAAGCAGAACAUAAUAAAUAAAUACCCGAUUCCACGAAUCGAUGACGUGCUGGACCAGCUUCGGGGAGCCACGGUACUUUCCAAACUCGAUCUACGGUCCGGAUACUGGCAAAAUACCGGCACUCCCUAGGAAUGCCACUUAGACCAUGAAGGUCGGCGGUCACAAGAGAUCUUCUAGUUAGUCACGCCUAAUGUCUCGUCUCUUCCGUGUUCCAAGCUGGUCCUGGUCGACCGUUUUGCUGUAUUCGUGCUUCUAGUCUGCGAAUGCGAUGCUGUCAGCUUAGCUUCCCGUGCCUCAGCCUUGCCAAGACUGGUCCUCGAUUCCAGACCAGUGGUUCGGGGCUCCCGAACCUCCAGUCGCAGGCUCGGCUCGCGACUGUCCCUCAUUCCACGUGUCAGUAUCUCGCUACUGAUGUCGCGACCCAAGCACACUUUCUAGAUCAAACGAAUCAGGCUCUCUAUCAGGCUUCCUGCCUUUUCUCUCGGUCAAGAAUCGCCUUUCCCCCCCCAUAAAUUCGGCAUCCCCGUGGGGGGAAUAGGCACCACGGAUAAGCACCAGUACGCGCGUGAUUCACGCUGACGAAUCGGCACCCUCACCCUCACCUAUUCGCUCGCCAUCAUCCCGGCUAUGGCGGUGGGAUCGCGGGGACGGCCUCGUCCCGCGAGCACCGGUCGGCUGUCGGGAGCCGUGCUCGUGCUCAUGAGCUGCCUCGCCACGCUCUACACUGGC